AUGCAUUCACAAGUGUGUCAACCGCAGUCAUAUUCACCCCGAGGUCCAACUGCGCAGUUUUGGCGCGCCAUCGAUUCCGUUAAUGGCAGUUCCGGUGUCAGCAAUCGACGUGUGACCUUGAUGGCCGCGGCCACCUCAACUGUUGCGGGAGAUACCACCACAAUGAGCAGUCCUGGUCCCACGCCGUCUACUCCAGUUAGUCACCGCCACUCUCCAGUUGCUCGCUCUGCUCCUGUUUCUCCUGCACCUCCUCCUCCACCUCUACCACCACCGCCGACUUUCCCAUCCGUUAGACAGCAACCGCAUCAAACUCAGUCUAUCAUCCAUUUCCCUCAUCAACCUGGCAGUGUUGCCUUGAAUGUUACCCAUUCUCUGACGCCAGAUUUUCAAAGCUGUUCAUCGCCCAAAACCUUUCAUCAAGACCCUCUGUCUGGAAUGGGUCCCAGACAGGGCUCUCUGCCUCGUUCCGAUCGGUCCUCAAGCUCACCUGCUGACGAGUUUGCUCCACCCUCGCUGCCUCCAAGGUCAGUUUCCUCUCUUACCUCUCCCUCCUCCGGAGAAUCCGUUCAACAAUGCAAUUUCCGCUUUAAGAAACCCCUAAUCCUUUUAAAACAGUUUGGUCUAGCAACUGAAAUAUAG